AUGAAUUUAGUCUCGUUACAUACAGCUACAAACGAUGUUUCACUAGAUUCACUAUAUAUGCAUAAUGAAGCAUUAGCUGACGAAGAAUUGAUCGAACGAUUUAAAGAAUUAAUUAAUGAAUUUAUGACUCGUCCUGAUCGACAUUAUUCAUAUAAAACAAACAUGCGUUGGACAAUUAACCAUGGCAAUCAAAUAAAAUAUAGUGUUGUUAUUUCGAUUAAUCAGACUUCUGAUUCUGAUGUAAAAGAAUAA